UUGAUAGCGUCAGAAGAUUCCGUAACUUUCAAUUUAGAUAUCGUCUCAUUAGUGAUACGAGUUAAUCACAAUGCUGACCAGCCACUCGUUGAAUACAAGUUUGUCAGGUUCAUUCGCAAUCCAAGCUACGACAACUUUUUCGACGUUCAACGUCCACGUCUGAAACUGGGAUUUACUUUAAUCCACUUGUCCGACUUAUUCUCUAACCGUUUGAAAUCGAUUAGACUCACAUCCGAUUCAGCGCGAUCGUUGGCACCAACGCUGCAUCAGGCACUCAAGUUAUUUGGUCACGCCUAUGCCGAACAGUUGGAUCAGUUAAAGCAGGAAUUGGAAAAGUUUCAAACUGCUGAGCAACUUCAAAUAGCUGGACUGAGUGCGAUGGUGCUGGAUAAACUUAUUCAAGCCGUGGAAUCUUGCCAGACAAGGCCGGAAACUGCAGCACCCUCUCGUGGAGAACCAGUCCUUCCCACUGCUACGGAAGUCGAUCUUGCUGUUGAACAAGUGAAGAGGCUCCGUGAAUUGUGUGCACAAGUGGUUGCUGACGACUUCUUUUCUCGUUGCGAGGACUUCAUACAGAAAGAGGUCUUGGGUAAUGUGGACUGUAUGCGUGCAGAAACAGCCGUGGUGGAACAGCUGUAUAACCGAUUUGAAGACGAACGCAACCGCAUUUGGACUGAUCACCUGGUUUCUGCUCGCCAACGUGCAGUUAUCGAAGUGACCAAAAAGUCACUGCGUGAUCUAGUGGACGAAGAAGAACGCUUGACCUACUUCAAACGGUCUGAGGAAAUCCUGCACAAGUCUUGGCUGGCCCCGAGAAGCCGCAAAGAGAGACGGUGGUCAAGAUUGAAGGAGUGGCAGCAUGAUCUACUAAGACAGCAAGUUAUAGAACAGUUGUAUACUUCGAAGAGCAGUUCAGCUGGCCUCAUGCAACACCCCGUGGAGGUAAUGCAUACGGGCGAAUGGAAUGCAAAUCUUGAUCGCCCCUCAGAAGAAGAAAUAAGGUACGAAACAGGCGUAUUGAAACGUGAGAAGGCACCAGGACCGGACGGUCUGUAUCCAGCCCUCUUCAAAGAAGGUGAGAAAUCCCUGAUGACUCACUUGACAAAGCUUAUUGAUGCUAUAUGGGACGAAGAGAAAGUGCCUGCAGAA